AUGUGCAACGAAAAAAUACACGAUUUAGAGCAGAACGAAUUAGUUGGCCAAAGGGCUGUACUGACGGCAUUUCGACCAGAACACAUUAAGAGAUAUCAUAGAUGGAUGCAAAAUCCAACGUUGAAAAAGGAUACUGGAAGUGAAGAUCUGAAGACAGACACCAUAGAAGAUAUCGCCGAUUACCAGAGGCAGAUCGUCAAUGAUGAAAAUAACAAAACUUUUAUCAUACUGGAUACAGCGAGUAGGGAGAUGGUCGGAGACAUUAAUUUGUUCAUAAGCGAGUGUGAUGGAACGCGCGCAGCGGAAAUUAACGUAAUGAUUGCAGAGGUGUCUGCAAGAAGGAAGGGAUAUGCUAGGGAGGCGGUCAAAUUGGCUAUGGAACACCUACAUAAGACACAUUUUAUUGACCGUUUUGUAGCUCGAAUUAGUGACAUGAAUUUCGCCUCCACGUGCCUUUUCAGAGACAGACUAGGAUUUUUGUUCGAGUCGCACUCUCAAAUAUUUUCAGAGUCUACGUGGUACUACGACAUAAAAAGGGAGGACGGGGCGUUGGCGCCGGACUAA